CAUACUGUUACCGAAUUUUCUGUUGACCUUUAGCCAAAACAGAAACACGUCUAUGUAAUAAAAACACCAAAAGCUUAUUACAGAAAAGCUGUACAAUUUUUUUUAGUUUCCGACCUUUCUGACUCUCUCUCUCUCUAAAAUCUCUCCUCCCUCUCUCUCUCAUAUCAAAUGUUCUUAUAAUCGGGUCAGAAAGGUCGUAAUUCAUAGGGUUAUUCCAUUCCAGAGAGAUAGAGAGAGAGGAUGAGGGACGCGAAGUUGGAUCUAUUCGAUCCGAGAACGGUGAUGGAUUCGGAUUACUUGCCGGACGGCGGUAGUAGGGACGGUGACUUUGGGUUCGCAUUUAACGAUAGCAACUUCUCCGACCGGGUUCUGCGGAUCGAGAUCAUGGCCGAGUCGCCGGAGACACGGUCGGACGGCUGCGAGAGUUGUCAAUCUCUGGCCGAUUGGGCGAGCCGUAAGAGGAGGAGAGAAGAUAUUAAGAAGGAAAAUGCUGUUGAUAUUUCUGCAUGCCCAGAGGAGCAGAUUUUGAAUUGUAAUCAGCCUGAUAAUGAUGAUGGUGUCGUCUUUAAAAACCAAGAGGAGGAAUUUGUUGCAAUGAUUGAAGAAUUACCUUCAGGAGAGGAAGCUGCAGAUAUCAAUGAUUCAAACUGGAGCAUGGAUUGUUCUACGGUUCUGAGAGUUAAGACUUUACAUAUUAGUUCUCCAAUUUUAGCAGCAAAAAGUCCCUUUUUCUACAAGCUCUUUUCAAAUGGAAUGAGGGAGUCAGAACAGCGACAUGUCACCCUACGAAUAAAUGCCUCGGAGGAAGCUGCCCUCAUGGAGCUCCUGAAUUUUAUGUAUAGCAAUACCUUAACUACAACUAGUGCUCCUGCUUUGCUGGAUGUGCUAAUGGCUGCCGACAAAUUUGAGGUUGCGUCAUGCAUGAGGUAUUGCAGCCGACUUUUGAGGAAUUUACCCAUGACACCCGAGUCUGCAUUACUAUACCUGGAGCUUCCAUCCAGUGUUUUAAUUGGAGAUGCAGUUCAACCAUUGACAGACACAGCAAAGCAGUUUCUUGCUGCCCGUUACAAAGACAUAACCAAGUUCCAGGACGAGGUUAUGAGCUUGCCCCUUGCUGGAAUUGAGGCAAUUUUGUCCAGUGAUGAUCUCCAGGUGGCAUCAGAAGAUGCUGUAUAUGACUUCGUAUUGAAGUGGGCCAGGACCCAGUACCCAAAACUGGAAGAGCGACGAGAAAUAUUGGGUUCCCGCCUUGGUCGCUUCAUCCGCUUCCCCUACAUGACCUGCCGAAAGCUUAAGAAGGCUUUAACCUGCAAUGACUUUGAUCACGAGCUUGCAUCCAAGGCUGUGCUGGAGGCCCUCUUUUUCAAGGCUGAGGCUCCACACCGACAACGGAUCCUGGCUGCAGAGGAGUCUGCCAUUACGAAUCGCCGCUUUGUGGAGCGCGCAUACAAGUAUCGGCCUAUCAAGGUGGUUGAGUUUGAACUUCCAAGGCAACAGUGUGUGGUGUACCUGGAUCUGAAACGGGAGGAGUGUGCAAAUUUGUUCCCAUCAGGGCGGGUGUAUUCUCAAGCAUUCCACUUGGGUGGACAAGGGUUCUUCUUGUCAGCACAUUGCAACAUGGACCAGCAGAGCUCUUUCCAUUGUUUUGGGCUGUUUUUAGGGAUGCAAGAAAAGGGGACGGUGAGUUUUGCAGUUGACUAUGAGUUUUCUGCCAGGUCGAAGCCAACAGAGGAUUACAUUAGCAAAUACAAGGGUAACUACACUUUCACCGGGGGGAAGGCAGUAGGCUAUCGAAACUUGUUUGGUAUACCAUGGACUUCAUUCAUGGCUGAGGAUAGUCUUUACUUCGUCAAUGGCAUCCUUCAUCUCCGAGCUGAGCUUACCAUUAGGCACUGACAUUCAUGGCUGAGGAUAGUCAUUAUGCUAAUUUUGCUUGAUUCAUACAGCCCUAAGUUCCUAACCUUUACCUUGCCUUGCGUAAAGCAUAUCAAAGUAAUGCUUAGGUGGUAGUGCCGCCAAUGUCUGUCUGGUUCGAAAGAUUGUUGUUUUGUAUGUGAGCCAGAUUUUGUUACACAAAAAAGAUGUAAAUGUGUUCCUAUAAUGGAGGAGUUUUUUGGUUCUCCAAAUCCAUUUUAAAAUGCAUUUUGAGGAUGGAUAUAUCGUUGGGCUGGGGCUCAAUGCAAAGACUUCAACUGCGUUAAGUAGUUGUGGAAUGUCAAGCUUUUCUUACUUUUCUUGAAGGACUAAUGUCAUUUUCAUAUCAGCAUCU